AUGCUCGAGGAGAGCGCGGUGCCGGUGCUGUGCCAGUCGCUGCAACAGACCAACACGGACAUGCUAAACAACACGCUUCUGCUCACCGUCCAGAAUAAGUGAGUCGCUUUUCAUCACUUCAAAACACCUAUAAUAUCCAUUUUGCAGCUACCCGAACAAGAUGGACAUCGUGCACGAUCAGGUGGAGGAGUGCGGCGGUCUUGACUCGCUCGAACGUCUCCAGGAGUCGCAGUCCGAGCAGAUCUACACGAAAGCCUACCGCACCAUCUCGCAAUUCUUCUCCGACGACGAGAAGGAGACGAACGACAAUAUGGCGGACAUCGAGAACGUGCCGGCCGGCCAGAACCAGUGGAACUUCUGA